AUGCCUGCUGUUCCUUUAAAGGCAUUAUUUCCAAUAUUUACGAUUUCAAUAAUUGGUGCUUUAAUAACUGGGUCCAUAUUUUACCUGAUAACUAAAGAUAGAAAUUAUGCGACCUUUGUCUCAAUGCUUCAAAUCUUUUCUCAAUUGAUAAGUAGUAGUUAUGAUUUAUGUUGUAAAGGAUUAAGAUAUACCAGAACCCCACAAAACCUACUACCUAUUACUAAUGAUACAAAAAGUAUCGAUGAAAAAAUGAACAAAGCAAAGCCUAAUGUGUCCUCUUUGCAAACUAAAAGUCAUGGCUUGUGGUUUAAACUUUUAAUUGUAUCAGCACUAACUGUUUUCUUUAGAAUCAUAACUACCAAAUGGUUUUUCUCAUUUGCCUUCUUUGCAACUUACCUACUUCAUGAAUCUUAUCAAUAUGUCAAUCGAAUCUACAAUAGAAUAUUUCCUUCAAAUCACAUUUUCUUAGAUCUUUUGCUUAAAACUUCAUUGAAAUCCACAAAGAAUUGGAGCAAUAGGAAAAUAAUUGUGGUGGCUCUAUGUAUCAAUAUAAUCCAAUUUUUACUUCUUUGGUGUAUGUUUAUGCUGGUGAUUGGAUUAAUAGUUCCUAUUACUUUUGAAACAAUAUAUCAGUAUUGUAAAUAUAUUUUAGAUUUAGAAAAUAAUUCUUUGUCACUAAGAUACAAAAUCUUAAAUUUUAUUAUAGAAAGUUUUGAAAAACACGGUAGAUAUAUUUUUACCACAAUAUUUUAUACUGCUUUGUUGGUUCUACCACCUUAUCAGUGA